AAACAAACGUAUGCUAGAUGUUUGGUCAUCCGUCUCCAAUGACAGACACUUUCAUGGUUCUACAAAUGUAACCUAUAAGCCUAUAACACAAUACACCAUUCUCAACAAAGGAAAUGGAAUUUUAUUUAUGGAGACCACGGACAGAAUGGAACCACCAUCCCUGGUCUUGUGUUCUAUUGAGUCAGCAGCUCGAGUCUACCCGGACAGACCAGUUGUCUUCUUCAUGAAAGGACUGGAGGAUAUCAUCACCGAGGAGGAUGAGCACAGAGUUCGCAAACACUUUCCAACUCUUUCAUCUUUUGAUAAUAUCUACUUCUUUCCAUUGAGAAUGGAGGAGCUGUUCAUGUAUACACCACUUAUGACUUGGUAUAAAAAGGUAAACCCCCAAAAAGAAAAGUACUGGACUCAUGUUAUUUCAGAUGCCUGCAGGUUUGCCAUGAUCUGGAAACAUGGAGGAAUUUAUAUGGAUACUGAUGUCAUCUCCAUAUGCCCAAUACCUAAGGAUCAUUUUGUAGCGGCUGAAUCCCCCAGGGUUACCAGCGGUGGUGUUUUUGGGUUGCCCCCAUUUCAUAGUGUGAGCUGGGAGUUUAUGGAAAACUUUGUAGUGGAAUACAAAGGAUGGAAAUGGGGACAUAAUGGACCAGGAGUGUUCACUCGUGUUAUAAAAAAGUUGUGUGGAGAGAUAGUGUUUACAUUUUUGGUGGAUACCAUCUGUGCAAAUAUGUCCUACUUUCAUCCUCAUCGUUUCUACCCAAUUUUGUAUACAUCAUGGCAAAAAUAUUUUGAAGUCUCGAACUAUCUACCAACUUUUACAGACUCGUAUGGCCUGCAUUUAUGGAACUAUAAAAACAAGAAUGGUCUAACUAUGGUUCCUGGAAGUAAUACAUUAGUGGAACACCUCUAUAAAAAAUACUGCCCCUCUACAUAUGAAGCUAUUGUGAGGAACGAAAGGCUUCACGUUUAAAAGAGAACUCCAUGAAACACAUAGUG